AUGACGUGCAGCAAAGAGCCGAGGCUGGAACCGAACCUGCGGCCGCUGCAGCCUCCGUACAUGGGGCGCCCGCCCUGCAAACUGAGCCACUGGAAAGUGAGUCGCAUGAAGAGUAAAAACAACACGAAGAAAGGUCUUUAUGACAUACUGAACUGGGUGGAGAGCAAACAGUCGCAUCGCAUCACAGACUUCUGGGAUUGCGUCUUCAAGGAGCACAUCAUGAGCGAGUACCCCACUCUGCGAAUGCUGCGUAACACCCUCAUGGACGGGUCUUUCCAGUUUUACGUGCAACAGCCCGAGAGGGAUGAAUCAGAAGAGACAGAUGAAGAGAAAAGGAAGAAGCUUUCAAAGGAUGAGGGGGGAGGGAAGAAGCGAGCAAACUCAGUGAAAAAGAAGAGAAAACUAAGAAAUGGGAGCGUGUGUGAGGAGGAGGAGGAGGAGGAGGAGGAGCAGGCUGGUCCAUCGUCACAGAUGACUCCGAGGAAAAAGUCCAAGAAAAUCUGCUUCUCCUCUCCUCUGAAGAAGGGAGAGAACGACAUUUGGAACUGGCCACUCUAUAAGCGCCAUCUGCCUGUGACCUGUGGACAGCAGGAGGGGACACUGGACAGACAGAAACUAGCUAAAGGGGAGAAGUGCAUCGCAGUGAAGAGACAGUGGUUUACUCCCGGUGAAUUUCAGAAGUUUGCAGGGAAGGAGAGCUACAAGAACUGGAAGUUUAGCAUUCGAUGUAAGGACACCCCGCUGGGAAAACUCAUACAGGAAGGUCAUUUGACAGCAGUGAAUUACAAAGGAGGGUGUAAAAAGGCCAAGAAGUCACUGUUCCCAUCUGGUCAUUUAAACACAGUGUCUGAGGGAGAAGAAGAUGAAGAUGAGGAGUGCGAUCCGGACGAGGACGACCAGGUUUCAUCAAGCAGCAAAGACAGUUCUACAAAUGACACAGAUGAAGAAGACGAGGCGGAGGAACAGACUGAGCAGCAGCCAGACGCCAGGCAUGACCGCAGAGGGAGGGUGUUUAAAGUUACAUGUGGAGCUGUAACUGGGACUUUAUACCAAUCUCCUCUAAACUUGCAUCCACCACCAGGGACUCGUGGGAAGAGUAUUCGUACUGAGACCAGCUGGAUGACCCCGGAUGAGUUCUUGAGGGAGGCGUCAUGUCAGACAGACGCCUCCUGGAGGAAAGACAUCACGUGCGAUGGGGAACCCCUCAGCGUCCUCAUCGAGGCGAAGACCUUGAAGAUCCACUCCCUGCUGUGUAAAUGCGAUCUGUGCAAACCAGAUGGUGAAGACCUGGAAAAUCAGAAAAAUGAUGACGAGUGUUUCAUCUGUAAAACUGCACUAGAAGAAGAGUUGGUGGAGUGUGAUCACUGCCCUCGCUCCUUCCACCAGAGAUGUCACCUGCCUCAUGUGGGAGACGACAUUUUGCAGUGAGUUUUGAUCAAAAUAGGAGACAACCAAGGCUUUAAAAAAAUUAAUUUGUUGUUUUUCUUUUAUGUGGUAUCAGUUUUUUUGUUUGUCAUGUUUUUUUGUUUUGUUUGCCUUAACUAUUUAUUUGAGACUGGAAGAGAUUUAUCAGCCAAUAUCUGUCUUUGUAGUGACACUGUAAUGGAUGUCACCUACUCUACUUUAAUUAAAUUAAAACAGC